AUGGCAGAAGCCUAUGACAAGGUUGUUCAAGUUGGGGUUCAGGUUUACUGCACCCAUACUGCCCCAGAUUAUUCCCUUCCUUGGCAAAAACAAAGACAGUUUACAAGUACUGGAAGUGCUUUUAUGAUCGGGGAUGGGAAACUUCUGACAAAUGCACAUUGUGUUGAGCAUGAUACACAGGUAAAAGUGAAGAGAAGGGGAGAUGAUACAAAAUAUGUUGCUAAGGUUUUAGCAAGGGGUGUUGAUUGUGACAUAGCUCUGCUUUCAGUAGAAAGUAAGGAAUUUUGGGAAGGAGCAGAACCACUCAAUUUUGGGCACUUGCCACGUCUUCAGGAAGCAGUAACUGUUGUAGGAUAUCCCCUUGGAGGAGACACCAUAUCAGUGACAAAGGGAGUAGUAUCACGUUUAGAGGUUACAUCAUAUGCACAUGGAUCAUCUGAUUUGUUGGGAAUUCAAAUUGAUGCGGCAAUAAAUCCUGGUAAUAGUGGUGGUCCUGCAUUCAAUGAUCAGGGAGAGUGCAUUGGGGUGGCUUUUCAGGUUUACAGAUCUAAAGAGGCUGAGAAUAUUGGAUAUGUAAUUCCAACUACGGUUGUGUCUCAUUUUCUGAAUGACUAUGAAAGGCAUGGGAAAUACACCGGUUUCCCUUGUCUUGGCGUCUUGUUGCAAAAGUUGGAGAAUCCAGCCCUACGUGCAUGCUUAAAAGUACAAUCUAAUGAGGGUGUACUGGUACGGAGAAUUGAACCUACUUCUGAUGCACAUAGUGUCUUAAAGGAGGGGGACGUGAUUGUAAGCUUCGAUGAUGUUCGAGUAGGAUGUGAAGGAACAGUGCCGUUCAGAACAAAUGAGCGCAUUGCAUUUCGCUACCUCAUUAGUCAAAAAUUUGCUGGUGAUGUGGCAGAACUUGGCAUUAUUAGAGCAGGAAACUUCAUGAAAGUGCAAGUGGCUUUGAAUCCACGAGUUCAUUUGGUUCCCUAUCAUAUUGAUGGAGAUCAGCCUUCUUAUCUAAUAAUUGCUGGUUUUGUGUUUACCCCACUCUCAGAACCCCUGAUAGAUGAGGAGUGUGAAGACUCUAUAGGGUUGAAACUGCUGGCAAAGGCACAUUAUUCCUUGGCAAAGUUCAAAGGGGAGCAGAUUGUGGUCUUAUCACAGGUCUUGGCAAAUGAAGUGAACAUUGGAUAUGAGGAUAUGAGCAAUCAGCAAGUUUUGAAAUUCAAUGGAACUCGAAUAAAAAACAUCCGUCACCUAGCACAUCUUGUUGAUUCAUGCAAGGAUAAAUAUCUAGUUUUUGAAUUUGAAGACAAUUAUGUUGCUGUUUUGGAAAGGGAAACAGCUAGUGCUGCUUCCUCUAGUAUUCUCAAAGGUUAUGGGAUUCCGUCAGAAAGAUCUUCCGAUCUGUUGGAGCCAUAUGUGGAUUCAUUGGGAGACAACCAAGCAAUAGAUCAGGAUUUUGGGAGCCCAGUUUCAAAUUUGCAAAUUGGCAUCGAUGCACUCCUCUGGGCAUAGUUACUGUAAGUUGAAAGGUCAAUCUCAUUUUUCUCA